AGCCAUAACCAUGCCCAUCACAUUACCACCACUCCGCCCACAAGUGGAGAGGCCAGUAUGCGUCAAAACCUUGAAACUAUGCACUUGAAAACCGGAAUAAUAAUGCAUUAAACGACAUUUCUUUCCAAAACUGAAACAAGCAAAAAGCGCACCCUUACACAUCAUGGUGACGUAAUUCGUGCAGCGAUUCCCCUCUCUCGACCCCCAAGUUAUAAAAAUUUACAACCGAACUCCUUACAGAUAAAAACACUCAUAACAUAAACACCUGAUAACCCUUUUUCGGUUCAAUUCAAACGUGAUUGCGAUUGUCAUCAGUGAACCCAAAAAUGGAAGCAACUUUGUAUUACACUCGAAUUUCAAAAUCGAGGUUUACACAACACCUGAGUGGCGACUCCCCUCUCUCGACAGAGUCGGACCUGGCGAAAAUAAAACCCCCUUGUAAAAAAUUACAACCGAAUUCCUCUUCAAGAUAAAAAUACACUCAUAAACACCUGAUAACCCGCUUUCGGUUUAAUUCUAAUCGGACGUGAUUGUGACCAGUGAACCCAAAAAUGGAAACGACGCUCUAUUCGCUCGACGAGGUUUCAAAAAACGACGGGAAAGGCGGGAACAGGGUCUGGAUUAUCAUCAAGGACGCUGUCUACGACGUGACGGAUUUUAUCGAUGAGCAUCCCGGUGGGGGCGACCUCAUCCAAGAAUGGGCUGGCAAAGAUGGGACUAAGGAUUUCGACGACGCUGGACACUCGGGAGAUGCGAAAAAAGACUUAAAAAAAUACAAAAUAGGGGAACUCCGAGAAGAAGAUCGAAAGCAAAAACAAGCUAAGACCGGUGCUAAGACGGAAAAUCCCGAAUUACAAAACAGGAGUUUUUGCAGUGUGAUCAGUUGCGGGUUGUUUGGUUGACGAGUAUUUUAGUGGUGUAAAUAAGGCUAAAUAAAACGACCAUAACGUU